CAUGAUAAACAGAAAUUUACUUAUUCACUCUUUCAUUGUUUUUUUCCUUUCUUUCUUUACAGCGUCAACAAAUUGUGUCUUUCCCCAACAGUGGAAUGGAUCGUGGUUUCAGUCGGGGGAGCAACAGCCAAUUACCUUCAGCGGUUCAACCAUGAGCAGCCGAGGUCGAUGUGUAGCUAGCGAGGGUGAUAAAUAUUUACUAGUCAAUGAGAAAGAUUGUAAAAGAUGCGUUGUCAUCUAUGAAAAGCAUCAAAAUGUUCUUCAAUACAAGGAGAGUGAAUGUGAAUUAGAACAAAACAAGCCGGCCUCGGCAGCUAUCAGUAGCGUAAUAAGAAGUGAUUAUAACACAGAUUCCAGAUUCCAAGGCAACGAGCAGUAUUUGGAUCCAGAAAGUGGUCGAGAGCUGUUGAAUUAUUAUUGCGAGCAGAUUCCCGGCGAUGCGAUGCUCUACAGCAUGUUUAAAAUUGAUUCCGAGCCAGUCAAGUGUCCGGGACCAUUGAAAGGUCAAUUUGCAUUCACCUACAAUCGGGGUCAUGGCGAGUGCAAAAAUCCAAUUUCAAAGAUAAAAAGUUGCACUGAAGAUACUCGAAUGAUGCUCAACUUUCAAGCCUGUCCGGAUGUUGAUGGCACAGAAAGCACAGUUGAGGAACUGACUUGUUUAGCAACAUGGAAGGAUAAUAACGCUCAUUACAUUGUUGGUACAUUAUCUCAUAGUCUCGCAACAUCGAAUGAGGAACGCUUCCGAUGCUUUGUUUACGAGAAAAUUAAUACAAACUCCGGAAAGCAUGGUUCGAAAGAUGUCGAGUAUCGAUUGGCACAGUCAGGCGAUGCCACUUGUAGUGGAUUGGAAAAUUCUGAAUAUGGAUCAAGGAUCAUGACGUUGAAGCGUUUCGGACCAGCAGAGAGAUGCGACUUUCCAAAAUGGUUUAAAGAACCUAAACAUUGGCACUCACUCAAUGGGGAAUUGUCCUACAAUGUUCAUCAGAAAAAUGACGGAACAAUUCACAUAACUAAGGAGAAGCCGACACAACGUUUGGAAUCUAGAGCGGUUUGUGAACAAAUCAACAAGCAGACAGCAAAUGAAACAAUCAUGGUUGUUGAACAAACUACUGGAUGUAACACCGGCUUCUUAUGUUUGGUGAUAUAUCGACGUGACACACAUGUUGUUGAAUUACAAAUAGGCAACCUAACAUCACGUUUGGAAGAUGCCUGCGCACCCGAUCACUAUGAUGUCUCUAGAACACCAUUUACCACUUUGUUAGCUGCAGCACCAACAGCAGAGUCACAGGAAUGUCCCCUUAGUGGGUCGUAUACUUUAACUGGUCCCUUAGGACCGCCAUAUAUGAUGUCACGUCAUAAACGCAAUCAUAUCAAUGGCAGCAAGCAACAUCAUCAUAAUGCGCCGACACGUCACGACGUUCUCAGUUUCCGUAAUGCUGAUAUGUUUGAACACAAUUUACAUCCAUAUGAUCGAUUAAACAAUCAAAGACAUCGACGGGAUUUAUCUAAAUGUAUGGGAGCGCAUAAACAAAGACGACGAUUGUCCAUUGGUUGUUCUCGCGAUGACAUCGUCGAAGUUCAUCCACAAUGCAGCGAAGCUGGCGAUGAAGAAUACGUAUGUCACGGUUCAUGGACGGAAAAUGAUACAACAUUCAUCAUAGCCCGUCACGCAGGAACCAAGCAUGGCGUCUGUAUUAGCUUUAAGCCAUCAACGACUGACUCCACUGCUGCUCAAUUAAUCGUCGGUGACUCAUGUUAUCGUGAAACAAUGUCAUCAGAAAUACCUGAACACCAUUUAAUAUCAAAUGUUACGGGUAUCGUACGAAAAUGUGGUGAUACAAGUUCAUCUAGUAAAUUAUCAAAUUACUCACUACUAAUUAGUCUGACAUCGUGGACUGCUAUAAUUUUAUUUAGACAACAGCAACAACGGGUGAUAAGAUAACAAAUAAAUGUUUAAAAACUUAAAGAUGAAAAAAAAAAUUAAAAAAAACUAAAAAAAAACUUUGUCAUUACCGUCAUUUUUCGAAAUUUUCUGUACACUUUAAUUCUUCAUGUUUAGACAUCGCCGUUUUCUAUUAGUUUAAAAAGAAAAAAUGACGCGAUGAUGAUAAGAAAGUUUCUUUGAUAUCAUCAACAACAAUCAGAAGAGAACGCAGAAGGACUUAACUUCAUCCUUCAAACUAUUAGACAUGCGAUUAUAAGUAUUUCACGAAGAAAUGUACAGAAAAAAAUGGACAUUAAGAGAGAUGAAUUCGUUUCACAACCACACACAUACAUGAGAUAAAUAACUUUUGCUGACCAAGUCGAAUAAAAAAAAAACAGUAAUUUAUAGAAAGCACUAGGAUGAAAGAUGAAAACAUUAUUUUGUAGCUACGUAUGUGUGAGUGAAAACGUAAUUAAUGGAAAUGACAUAAAACACAAGAAAGAAGACGAAGGAAAGAAAGAAAAAAAAACUGGAAAAAUCUAUUUAUAUAUCUUAAGGGACACGGAAGAGAAGGAAAAGCUUCGAUUAGAAGAGUGAUGACAUAAGCUAUUUUUGCUUUAGUUUUAUCUUGUUCCUUCGGUUGACUUUAAAUUCUCUAAAUGUUUUAUCGCCCAUGAUAAGUAAUGUACAAGGGCGAGAGAGAGAAAAUUCGAUUUACAGAGUUUUUCGCUUUAUAUGAGAUGGAAGAAUGGAAAAAUACGAAUCGAAGUUAAGCCAGGAAAAAAGAAAGGAAAAAAAUGUAAAUCUUUAAAUACCAUCAUGUCUAGGACUUAACCUGGACAACCCCCAGUGAACCUUUAGGAUUUAUUCUAAGAUAUUGAAUUGAUAUUUAAAGUUAAUGCCCUUAAACACAAUAACAACACGAUAGAAAAACGUUUGAUGCUUUUUUUUACUGUUCCUUGCAAAACUUUUCCUUUUAGGACUUGAGUUUUUCAUUACUUAUUUUUUAUUUCCUUUUAAAACAAAAAAUAAGCACACAAAAGAAGAAAGAAAGAAAUAAAAAACGAUAAACUUGUAAAGUGAAAACAAAUAAGGUGAAGAAAACUAUUUAAUGUUGCAUUUAAGUAAGAAAAAAUAAUGAAAUUACAUCUAGACUAUAUCCCAGUAUUUUAAAUAAUUUUUUGUCUGUUCUUUUUGUAUAAAAAACAUUGCAAAUGAUUAUAAAAGGGAGAAUUUAUGCGGGUAGAAGUUGAAUUUAAAAUGAAUGAUAAUUUUUAAAUCUCUGUUUCUUGAGAGUAGCUUAAAUCAAAUUCAAUGGAAAUGAAUUUACAAACGCUUUUAAUUUCAAAUCAAAAUUCAUCCUUAAACAUAUUUCAGACAUUCAGCUUAAUCCCGCAUAAAAUGACUCUCGAUUUAAGAACAUACCAGAAAUUAAACUCUUGAAAUUCAGAUUCAGAAAAAAAUUGAAAACUUGGUGUAUUAUGUAAAAUUACUAAAUAUUUUUAUUAUAAUGGAAAAAAAUAAA